CGCCGGACUGUCAAUCGGGAAAAACAUGUCGUUGUCGCUGUAAAUUUAAGCGCAUAUAUUAUUUCGCAUUUGUGUAUUUAUAAAAUGGCAUUAGCGUCUAAUGUGUUGCGGACUUGUGGAAUAUUAUUUUAUAUAGCGAAUAGUGUGUGUGGUUUGGAUAACAUAUUGAAACAACCGUGGAUAUUUUCUUUUCAAGUGAGCGAAAAAUCAUGUGCAGAUUUUAAAUGUAAAUAUUUGCUAAAGGUGCACGGUGGUGAAUACCUCGGUCAUUCCUCGUGGAGAUUAACCCCUAAUGAAGGUGCUAGGGGUGUAAACUGUGAAAAUAUAUAUUCUAGUUACGAGUUACGAGAAUUAAAAACGGAACAGUGGCAAUCCGAAAUAGAAGUGUUUUUACCUCACGUUGUUGAUAAAAUUUACUUUUGUUUGAUGCAUAGUGAUGGUACACAGGGUCCGUUUAAUGGAAAAUGGGUGCAUCAAGGUACAGAACUAUUUCUGCAACCUGCUAAGGAUGAAAAACAAAAAAUAAAAAGACUUUCCGAAACAAACAACGAAUCACAAGCGCCUAAAGUAAGCAAUGCACACCCAGAAUCGAACACAGAAUGGUCAGAUCUCUCCCACGAUACAGAUGUUAAUUAUAUUUCAAAUGUCGCGAAGCCCUCCAGAGCCGAAAGAAACGCAAUCGAAGUCUUAAUAAAUAAUAAAUAUGUGCCCCUGAAUGAAAUAGCAUACGAUUAUAUCAAAGAACAAAACAAUUUUAUCGACACCAAUGAGAUUUAUAAUGGAAAUGAUAAUAUUGAUAGAAGGAAAAGGGAAACAAACAAAACUGAUCAUACGGAAGAUGUUAAUGCUAAAACAGAUGACGAAAUUAGCAAAGCAAACAAAACUACUAACGCUGUAGAUAAAGAAACUGUGAUACAUAAAAAUAAUGAUAGUGAAGCUAUAAAAGAUGUUACGGCAAACAAUGAUAUAGACUUAGAUGAGAAUGCAGGUAACACAGACAAAUUAGAAACACUGUCGUUUAACAAAGAAGAUUUUAAUGUCAACGGCGCUAAAAUGAAGAGGCAGCUCAUGUCGCAAAUGAUGGAUUUCACGAGUGUCAAGUCUACAGGCGCGAUAUUGCUGGAUGGUUUGCGGGUGGAGGAGGCGGAGAAGGAUCCGAAGAUAUUGGAGGACGGUAUACCUAGUGUGCUGGCUGAAACUAAAGUGACGCUAAGGCUGUUCGGCCAAGGUCUGAGCCAGCGGACGGUGAUCGCUUUCACCCACGACGCGCUGGAGUACGGACAGCCCUGCAAGUUUCUGCUUAAAGGAGAGCAUACGGCGGUACACGAAUCGGUGACGGCCACGUCCGCGCUGUUCGAGUUCCGCGCGCCGUCGCCGAUUAUCGGCUCGAAGAUGUACAUAUGCGCCAAGAACCUGAAGGAGGGCGUCUCCGAUCCCAGCGAGGACGAGGAGAAGUACAUACACCAGGGCGUCGAGAGCUGGAAGAUAUUCGCCACUCACAACAAGCUCAUGCCGUUGUGGGUGGCGAUGAUACUCAUACUGGUCUGCUUGACGUUCUCCGCGCUGUUCUCCGGAUUGAAUCUGGGCCUGAUGUCCCUCGACCGGACGGAACUGAAGAUCAUAUCAAACACUGGCACAGAGCAGGAGCGGAAGUACGCUAGGGCCAUAAUGCCGGUCCGCGACCACGGGAACUACCUGCUCUGCAGCAUCCUGCUCGGCAACGUCGCGGUGAACUCGACGUUCACGAUACUGUUGGACGAGCUGACCUCCGGCCUGUUCGCGGUGAUAUUCUCAACGCUGUCGAUAGUUCUGCUGGGCGAAAUAACCCCGCAGGCGAUAUGCUCGCGGCACGGUUUGAUGAUCGGCGCCAGGAGUAUUAUGGUCACUAAGGCGGUGAUGGCGCUAACAGCUCCCCUCGCUUUCCCCGUGAGCAAACUCCUGGAUUACUUCCUUGGGGAGGAAAUCGGGAGCGUGUAUAACAGGGAACGGUUGAAGGAGUUGGUCAAGGUGACAACAGACGUGAACGACCUCGACAAGGACGAGGUGAACAUAAUAUCCGGUGCGCUCGAGCUGCGCAAGAAGACCGUCUCCAGCGUGAUGACCAAGCUGGAGGACGUGUUCAUGCUGCCGAUCACAUCCAUACUGGACUUCGAGACGAUGUCCGAGAUCAUCAAGUCUGGCUACUCCCGCAUCCCCGUGUACGAGGGGCACCGCGGCAACAUAGUGACGGUGCUGUUCAUCAAGGAUCUGGCGUUCGUGGACCCGGACGACAACACGCCGCUGCGCACGCUCUGCCAGUACUACCAGAACCCGUGCAACUUCGUCUUCGAGGACGUCACCCUGGACGUGAUGUUCAAGCAGUUCAAGGACGGUCACAAGGGGCACAUGGCGUUCGUGCACCGCAUCAACAGCGAGGGCGAGGGCGACCCGUUCUACGAGACCGUCGGCCUGGUGACGCUGGAGGACGUCAUCGAGGAGAUGAUACAGGCGGAGAUCGUGGACGAGACGGACGUGUUCCUGGACAACCGCACGAAGCGGCGGCGCAACCGGCCGCAGCACAAGCUGCAGGACUUCGCCGCGUUCGCGGAGCGGCACGAGCGGCGCCGGAUACACAUCUCGCCGCAGCUGACGCUCGCCACCUUCCAGUUCCUCAGCACUAGUGUGGACGCGUUCAAACCAGACACCGUCUCGGAGACGGUGCUCCGCCGGCUGCUGAAGCAGGACGUGAUCCACCACAUCAAGGUGAAGGGGAAGACGAAGAAGGACGUCAACACGUACGUGUUCCAGCAGGGGAAGCCGGUGGACUACUUCGUGCUGAUCCUGGAGGGGCGCGUGGAGGUGACGGUGGGGCGCGAGAACCUCGUGUUCGAGGCGGGGCCCUUCACGUACUUCGGCGUGCAGGCGCUCACGCAGAACGUGGGGCUGGCGGAGUCCCCCACGCCGUCGGCGAUGGGCUCCCUGCAGAACAUAAACAUGGACUCGAUGCUGCGCCACACGUUCGUGCCGGACUACUCCGUGCGCGCCGUCACCGAGCUCUUCUACCUCACCGUCAAACGGAGCCUCUACCUGGCGGCCAAACGGGCUACCCUCAUGGAGAAGGGCGCGCUGUCGAAGGGCGCUACCAAUGAGCAGUUCGACACCGAAGUUGAUAAGUUAUUGCAAUCUGUGGAUGAAGAUAUAAGCAUCAGUGGUGAACACAAAACGCCGUCGAGACAGGUGUCGCCGAACCCGUGUCCGACAGCUCGCUCCUCGCUGCCGCGAAGCUCGCCCGAGCGGAACGGGGAUGCGUUCGGCGCGAGGGCGGACGAGCAGGAGAAGUUGCUUAAGGAGCACUAGCGGAUCUGGAAGGAAAGCGGGGGGGGGAGUUGAGUGGAUGUACGUUGGAUAGGCGGGGAGUGGGAUGCCCACAAACGGGAGAGGUUUGGCGUAGUGAAUAUUGU